GUACAGUACGGUAGAUGUCAGUAUAGACCUGUUUUUCCUGCUGUUGGUAAAACCGAGGAAGAAGAAUGCUUCACGAGAGCCCACCCGCAACUUUAUCAACAACUACGGCACUCAAAAACUUGACAGUCUCUUUAAAAUGACUAGAAUGGAGCACUUGAAUUCUUUUUUUAUCGAGCGGUUAAUGUCAGUCGCUGGAGAGAUAUUUGAAGCAGUUAAAGACACAGUUUCUGAGUACCAGGAAGAGAUAGAGCGAACUAAGCAAGAGAACCGCCGCCUGAGGGAAAUACUGACCGAGAUUAGCCUUAGCGCUAGCAGCGAGAUUCGAGCAGCAGAUGUACGACCCAGUCGUGCUGGUGGAGCUCCUCUUGAACAAGACUCCAACCAAAGACCCCUGAACUCGGAUCCUUCAGUAUUGCAGCUGAAGCUGGAGCUUGCCACCAUAAAGCAAGAAGCUGAGCCACAGCUGCCACUGAAUGAUGCCUCUACAAGCACUUCUCCUUGUGCAAAGAGUGUCCAUGACACAUGGACUAGCCAUGCAGAUGGAGUACUUCUUGAACAGCAAAACAGCAGCCAGGGCCCACAGGACCCAGAGCCCUCAUUAAUACAAGUGAAGCUUGAGCUCGCCACCUUACAAGAUGAAAAUGGGCCUCCACAGCACUUGAGCAAAGAAAACCACGCUGGUAACCAGGAGCCACAUCGGUCUGUUUCAUUUAAGGCUUUGGACAAGGAGGGAAGAAUAGACAACUGUCUACGCGGGAACUCCUCUAUCGCAAUCAAGUUAGAGCCAUACGACUCCCAAGUGCAACAGUUGUCCUCGACUCAGAUUCAGAGUGGCCAUCACCUGGAUUCUAUGGAAUCUGAGUCAGGGAUCUGUCCCAGUCCUCACUGUAACCAAAUAUGCAAUGAUCUCUCCAGUGUAGCAGCACACUCGCAAAGCCAUUUACCUGAGAAAGCGUUCAGGUGUGCUGUAUGUGAUAAACCAUUAAGAAGUGCCUGGUUAUUGAAGAAACACAUGAUUAAGUGUCACAAAGAAAGGCCGUAUCACUGUGACUUGUGUGGAAAGAGCUAUGGUGAUGCCCAUGUGCUUAGAGUCCAUCUCAAAACCCAUUCCACAGAGAGACCCUUUCAGUGUGAGUCAUGUGGCAAAAUGUACAAAAAGAAAAGUCAUUUGAAGGACCAUGAGAGGACCCACACGGGAGAUAAGCGUUACAGCUGCUCGGCAUGUGGAAUGUGUUUUAUUUGGACAAACCAGGUCAAGGUGCACAUUCAGAAUCAUCAUCGUGGGCAGUUAGCUACAGUUAUUAAGAAAUCUAUAGUAUAAAUGUGAAAUUGAGAGUGUUAAUUUGGUCUGUGUCAGGGAUUCUCUCCUUUUGAAGUUGGGCCUUUAAAAGUGUUCAGAAUUUUUUUUGGAAACUUGAAAGAUGACAUGAGCACACCAAUAAACAAUAAAGGUUUAUAAUCAUCAGA